CAACACUGAAAUCACAAAUAAACAUAAACAUUUCAAACAAAAACAUUUUUUGGAUAAUGGCUGAAUUAGCAUUGGACAUGUCGAAUAUAUGCAGAAUAUGCUUGGAAGCCAGCGAUGCCUAUAUGAUUUCUAUAUACGACUCCAAUGAAGAUACAAGUCAAGGAGAAGCCAUUUCUAUUUGUGAAAAAAUUGAACACUUUAGUGGUAUAAAAAUAAAUCGAACUCUAGAGUUACCUAGCCGCAUAUGCAUUAAAUGUAAAGCAUUCCUAAGUUUGGCGCAUAAGUUUUGGCAAAUAUGUCAGCGUUCUAAUGAAUUUCUAAAAGAAUAUGUUUACAAAGAUCAGAAACAGAGUGACCAGCAAUAUCAGGAUCAGUUUGAUCAGCAACAUGAGGAGCAGCCUGUUGCGGAACAGCAAGAUCAGCCUGUUGGGGAACAGCAGGAAUCCAAUGAGCACCAUCAGACUACUUAUGAAGAACUCGAAGUGGAAGUGUUGGAUGACGUUAUCUGGGCAGACGAUAAUGCCAUUGACGCUUCACCGAAGGCAUCAAUGAUUGUGCUCAAUAGGGAAAAUGAAUCAACAAUGCCAACACCAACACCAGAUGCAGGAAAACUACAUAUUUGUGAGCUUUGUGGGAACAGCUAUCCAAGAAAAAGCACCUUGGAUACACAUAUGAGACGUCAUCGAAAUGAGAGGCCUUAUAAGUGCGACGUUUGUCCUAAAGCAUUUCAUGUGAACUACCAAUUAACCCGACACAUCCGUCAGCAUACUGGCGCUCGCCCAUACAGCUGUGAAUAUUGUGAAAGGAAAUUUACCGAUCGAUCUUCCCAGGUGAAGCACGAAAGAACCCAUCGCAAUGAGCGUCCUUAUACAUGUGCAACAUGUGACAAAUCCUUUACCUAUGCCAGCGUUCUCAAAGCCCAUUAUAAAACACAUACAGGAGAAAAACCGCAUAUUUGCCAGAUUUGCCGUAAGAGUUUCGCACGUACACAUAAUCUGGUGGCUCAUUUGCAGACGCAACAACACGUGAAUGAUCCUAGAACUGCUGCCUAUUUACGGUCUCUCAAAUCAGGAUCUUCUUCUGUAAUUAAUACUUGAUGAAGUAAUCCAAAGGGUAUCAGCAGCUAGAUAUCUUUUUACUCAAGUAUUGCCAUACUUAAGUCUUAUACAAUUUGUUUGGGUUUUAUUGCAAUUUUACAUAAAUACAUCAAUAUUGAGCGUUGUAUUAAGGGGACAAAAAAUUUAUGUGAAUUAUGAAAA